CUAGUGAAAUCCUUGUCCGACGCGGUUUUCUCCUUAAACAGUUCUUUUAUAUGAAACAGCUUGCCGGCACUGAAGCGAGUUUGGAACCCGAACAAGAUUUCACCAAAAUAGAUAUUGACAAAUUAAAGGCCUUUCAGGAGGAGCACCAGCUGUCCGAAUUAAACCCCACGUCGGGAGUUCUCGAGAGAGAUCUGGAAGACAUCACCAUGGAGGAACCAGAGCUUAUGGUCAAGCAGGAGAGUACUACACCUACAGUCAUGACUCCCUCGGAGAGCGCCGUUGUGGUACCUGACUUAUCAUCGGGGUCGCCCAUGGAGAUUAUUGAGACAGAACACAUGGAAGAGAAGGACACAAAUCAGAAGGAGAGCACAGUCAAAAUGGAGUCCACACCAUCAAUACCCGGCCUCGGCAGUGCUAAACCCUCCGUCCACGACGAUAAUAACCCUCCUUCGCCAAAAUCCCGCGCUGGUUCCCCUGAAAGCAAUUCUGCUGCUCAAAACGACCGGCAGAUGACACCAGAGCCCAGGACGCCUGGUAGCACACCCGGAAGCACGCCUGGCGCUCAGAGUAAUUCUGGUGAGACGUCUCCUUCCCGCAAAAUAAAACGCGUCCUGCCACCCCCAGAGCGCAUGGUUACUCGAGGCGUGAGUGGAGCCAUUCGACACAGGAGCGUCGAUGAGAUUCUGGGAACAGCUUCAGAGCGGUCACCCACUACACAGGCCCCGCGUCAUCCUUAUCAAGACAGAUCUUCGCCUGUUGCAACAUCGCCUGGUGGAUCCUCAGGUGCUGUCGUAACCACCUUAUCGACUUCAUCUACAAAUGGCUCUCUGAACGUGACCACCGGCGACUUCGCUGCAGCAACACCAGGAACCGUCAGCAUCUCAUCCGCACCCAGUAAACCGCCAGCUCUGAUGCUUCAGUCGACAAAGAAACAUGCUCAGCCAACGACUGCACCACCUGCGAUGAAGCGCUCAGAAUCGCGGCACGGAUUAUCACGCUACGACUUCAUAGAUGGUACCCCGACACGGUCUUCCAAGGAGCGGCAUGCAGAUCUGUACGCCUGGCAACUCAGGGCCCAAUCUCAACCCAUAUACAAGUCACUGCAAACGGCGAGUAAGGCGCUGACAACGAAGGACUGGAAGGUGGCGCGCGAGGAGCUCAAACUGAUGCGAGCGAUGCAGAGGAUAGAGGCUCUCAAAGCAGGCAAUCGAUGGAGCUUUAAACAGAUCAAGAAACAUCGCGGGCCUGCGAGGACAAAAACCCACUGGGACCACCUUUUGGACGAAAUGCGGUGGAUGCAGGCAGAUUUCAGGGAAGAGAGACGAUGGAAGAUUGUUACAGCCUACGAAGUUUCAAGAUGGGUCAUGGCAUGGCAUGAAACGGAUAACAAGUCACUUGUCUGUGUUCCUCGCCGUAAAGUUAUUGAGGUUCAGAAGGAUCAGUCGCCUUUGCCACCAGAAUCGUCAUCGGAAGCAAUGGAGGAGGCGAUCAAGAUGGAAGACCUUGUACAUGAGAGUAUGAUGGAUGCUUCGGAACCUGCACAGGAGGAGUCUUUAGCACCUGCUGCAGAGAAUUCCACGAAGCAGGACAAGGACGACUUGACAGCUGAUACGAUCAAGAUUGAAGUUGAGGAUACGAUCAUGACCUUGCCUGCCGAAGCAGAGGAAAACUCCAGUAUCACAGCAAGCAAACCCACCACAUCCGAGAUGAUGUCAACCACAGGGGAGUCCGCAGCUGUAGACAGCAAGAUGCUUGUCCCAGCGCUGAAGGAGAAUGCGAAAGACGAUGUUAUUAUGCCUCCCCCCAUCGCUCCAGCCCUACUACAAAAGACCAAGUCGUUAUUGUUGGAGCUUGACCCGAGCGCCAUUUUCUUUCCCUUCGAGCCCCUUGAGUCGCUCAUGGAAGGACUUCAUAUCGAAUCGCUGGACGUCGACACCCUGUUCCAGGACUUUCCGCUCUAUGGACCACCCGACCCGGAUGAUAAGGAUGCAUAUGUGGAUGAAGCAGAGCACGGAAGAGUCACGAUGAUCAGCAGAUUAAUGAGCUCCAAGGCCCCCGUUAGUCUCGAGUUCGGCCCGCUAGCGUCACAAAUCGUCUUUGUAAAACGCAAGAGAGAGCCAAUUACGGAAAUGGACGAUUUUGAUGAGGAGGAUGCAAGAGUCCCCAAGAUUGAGGGCAAGAUCUCAACUGCCAUCCCAGGAACAGAACCACCCAGGACUGUUCCUGUGCUGUUCCAGACAAAGAAGAAUAAGGAUCCGCCCAUGACCCCUAUCCGCCGACCUGCGCCACCAGGGCCACUUGCCCCCAAGACACCUGUUGUUUGGACGAGCGAGGAGGACGAUCUUCUGACGACCUUGAUCAAGCCAUACCAGUACAACUGGGACCUUGUCUCGGACUUGUUCAAUUCCAUGCGUGGCCCCAUUGCUCCGUCGGAGCGAAGGACUCCUUGGGAUUGCUAUGAAAGGUGGGCCAAGAAAGAAGGGCCUCUGUCUAUCGGAAACGGCACUGGAGGGGAUACUGCUUCCGGACUUAUCCCGAUCGGCAAUCUCCCUGCAGGUUCUGCGUCGACACCGCCAUCGCCCAAGGCCAGGAAGGACAAGGACGGCAAGAGGAUGUCAAUCAACACCAAGACCGAGCCCUCGCGGAAGAGGCCGCUUGCCUUUUCGUUGACAUUGUUAGAAACCAUGAAGAAAGCAAGCAAGAAGAGGGAGAUUGCUCUGAAUCGCGUCAACGCUGGUAGGUGUCUUUUUUAAGUAUUUGCGGAAGUGCCUGGCGCUGCUCGGUGUAUUGUAUUCCAUUUGUUCUUGACGCUUGAAAACUCGAUCUUCCCUUGUAUAGCACCAGUUGUUGCCGCUGCCGCUGCCACCAA